GUAAGGGUAAGUGAAUUGGGACGCGGCCAUGUAGCUGUAGUUCCUCACAGGAUGCAGGGUGUUUAAACUGUCUGUUUUCUCUCCUGUAGUAAAACGCUGAGUUUCUCCUCUUCACGCAGAGCAGCAGGUUACAGAGAUGUUUAAUGAAUCCUCCUGAUCCUGAUAUUUCCAACACUACAAAGCUGAAGUUCUCUCCAUCUGAACACUCUGGGUUUUUACUUUAAUGCCUUGUUUUUUUUAUUUUUUUUCCUUCUGGAAUAUAAAAGCUGCUUAAUGCUUCAUCAGAUCUGCACAGAUGGAUCACAGGUCUCAGUCUCCCUUGUGUGAGAAUAAAGACAAACCUCCAUCUGUUACCCACAAUCCAUCUGACCAAGUGUCCAGCCAAUCAGAUCACAUGGAAACUCCAUCCACUUCCUGUGAGUUGUUCAGGCCCAGUUUCAGGCCUGUUGAAGAAGCUCGGGAGAAGCUGAAGUUCAUUCUGGGUGCAUCAGAAGACAACUCGUCUGACGAUGAAGCUUCAGCUUCGGCCAAAUCCCAAAUCAGAAAAGAGCUUGACGCCGUACAGAAGACACACCCUCGCACGGGCAUGACCCAAUCCACAAGCAUGAGGCCGAGCAUGUCUGGUCUUAACCUGAUGAAGAAAGGUCGAGAGCAGAGAAGGAUGGACGUACCUCGAGAUUUCACUGUGGCCUCUCCGGCCGAGUUCGUCAAGCGAUUCGGAGGAACCCGUUUAAUAGAAAAGAGUACAUUAAAAUGGCAGAUCAUUACGUGCCUGUUCCUGGUGGGACGAACAACAACAACUACGCUAAUGUGGAGAUGAUCGUGGACAUCGCAAAGAGAAUUCCAGUGCAGGCGGUGUGGGCCGGUUGGGGUCACGCAUCAGAAAACCCCAAGCUGCCGGAGCUGCUCCAUAAAGCAGGGAUUUCAUUUUUAGGGCCGUCCAGUAAAGCCAUGUGGGCUCUGGGAGAUAAAGUGGCUUCUUCUAUUGUAGCUCAGACUGCAGGAAUCCCCACUUUACCCUGGUCUGGGUCUGGUCUGAAGGUAUUGUGGGGAGAUGAAGAACAGAAACUGGGUCAUGUGAUCAGUGUCCCACCUGAGCUCUAUGCCAAAGGCUGUGUUAGAGAUGUGGAUGAAGGUCUUGCUGGUGCAGAGGAAAUCGGCUAUCCUGUAGUGAUCAAGGCAUCAGAAGGCGGAGGAGGGAAAGGAAUCAGGAAAGUGGACAACACUGAAGAUUUCCCCAGCUUUUUCAGACAGGUCCAGGUGGAGGUGCCCGGCUCACCCAUCUUCAUCAUGCAGCUGGCUCAGCAUGCACGUCACCAGGAGGUGCAGAUCCUGGCAGACGAGUACGGAAACGCCAUCUCUCUGUUCGGUAGGGACUGCUCCAUCCAGCGGCGCCACCAGAAGAUCAUCGAGGAGGCUCCAGCCACCAUCGCCUCACCCGCCACCUUCCAGCAGAUGGAGAGGUAUGCAGUGCGUAUGGCUAAGAUGGUGGGCUAUGUGAGUGCGGGGACUGUAGAGUACCUGCUUUCAGAGGACGGCAGUUUCCACUUCCUGGAGUUGAACCCCAGACUGCAGGUGGAGCAUCCAUGCACAGAAAUGAUAGCAGAUGUUAAUCUUCCAGCUGCACAGCUACAGAUAGCGAUGGGAAUCCCUCUGCACAGGAUUAAGGAUAUCCGUGUGCUGUAUGGUGAAACUCCAUGGGAUGACACCACCAUUAAUUUUGAGGAUCUGGAGUCUGUCCCCUGUCCUCGAGGCCACGUCAUCGCCGCUCGCAUCACCAGUGAGAACCCGGACGAGGGCUUUAAGCCGAGCUCGGGCACGGUGCAGGAGCUGAAUUUCCGCAGCAGUAAGAACGUGUGGGGUUACUUCAGCGUGGGGGCCACAGGGGGGCUGCACGAGUUUGCUGACUCGCAGUUCGGACACUGUUUCUCCUGGGGAGAAAACCGAGAGGAAGCCAUCUCUAACAUGGUGGUGGCCAUGAAGGAGUUGUCUAUCCGAGGAGAUUUCAGGACCACAGUGGAGUAUCUGAUAAAGCUGCUGGAGACCGAGUGCUUCAGGAACAAUGACAUCGACACAGGAUGGCUGGACCACCUGAUCGCUGAGAAAGUGCAGGCGGAGAGGCCAGACACCAUGCUGGGGGUGGUGUGUGGAGCUCUACAUGUAGCUGAUGCCAGUUUCAGGAAAAGCAUGUCUGACUUUCUACACUCUCUCGAGAGAGGUCAGGUGUUACCUGCUGCUAGUCUGGUGAACACUGUGGAGGUGGAUCUGAUCUAUGAGGGAAUCAAAUACUGCUUGAAGGUGGCCCGUCAGUCUCCCACCACCUACGUGAUUAUAAUGAACGACUCGGACAUAGAGAUUGAUGUCCACAGGCUGAGUGAUGGUGGCCUGCUCCUGUCCUACAGUGGCAGCAGCUACACCACCUACAUGAAGGAGGAAGUUGACAGAUACCGGAUCACGGUGGGCAAUAAGACGUGUGUGUUUGAGAAGAAGCGAGACCCCACGGUGCUGCGUUCCCCCUCCGCUGGUAAACUGCUGCAGUACCUUGUGGAGGACGGAGGACACGUCACUGCAGGAUAUCCGUACGCUGAAAUCGAGGUGAUGAAGAUGGUGAUGACACUGACGGUGCAGGAAUCAGGCUGUGUUCACUUUGUAAAGAGACCCGGAGCCGUGUUAGAGCCCGGCUGUGUAGUGGCUCAUAUCGACCUGGACGACCCGAGCAUUAUUCAGCCUGUGCAGCUGAACACUCAGCCGUUACCUGCACAGGAGCCGCUGCCCACAGUGGGGGAGAAACUGCACCAGGUCUUCCAUAGCGUGCUGGAGAACCUGAUGAAGGUCAUGGAUGGAUACUGUCUCUCUGAGCCCUAUUUCAGUAACAGGCUGAAUAAGUGGGUGGACUCUCUGAUGCGGACUCUACGUGACCCUUCACUGCCACUGCUGGAGCUGCAGGACAUCAUGACCAGCGUCUCGGGUCGUAUCCCUGUCACGGUGGAGAAAGUCAUCCGCAAGAUUAUGGCCCAGUACGCCAGCAACAUCACCUCUGUUCUCUGUCAGUUCCCCAGCCAGAGGAUUGCGAAUAUCCUGGACAGUCACGCAGCCAUGCUACAGAAGAAAGCAGACCGUGAGGUUUUCUUCAUGAACACUCAGAGCAUGGUGCAGCUCGUGCAGAGGUAUCGCAGUGGUAUUCGAGGCUAUAUGAAGGCUGUAGUUUUAGACCUGCUGCGCCGUUACCUGCAGGUGGAGAUGCAGUUCCAACAGGGCACGUAUGAUAAGUGUGUGAUAAACCUGCGAGAGCAGUACAAGCCUGAUAUGACUCCUGUGCUCGAACACAUCUUCUCCCAUGCUCAGGUCUCCAAGAAGAACAUCCUGGUCUCCAUGCUCAUAGAUCAGCUUUGUAGCCGGGACCCGGCACUGACAGAUGACGUGGUGGUGAUCCUGAAUGAGUUCACACAGCUCAGUAAGAUGGAGAACUCAAAGGUUUCCCUGUGUUCCAGACAGGCUUUAAUCGCAUCCCAUUUGCCCUCCUAUGAAGUGAGACACAACCAGGUGGAGUCCAUCUUCCUGUCUGCUAUAGACAUGUAUGGCCACCAGUUCUGCCCCGAGAACCUCAAGAAACUCAUCCUGUCUGAGACGUCAAUCUUUGAUGUUUUGCCCAGUUUCUUCUACCACGUUAACCGUGUGGUGUGUAUGGCUGCUUUAGAGGUGUAUGUGAGGAGGGGUUAUAUAGCCUAUGAGCUGAACAGUCUGCAGCAUCACCAGUUGAAUGAUGGCACGUGUGCUGUGCACUUUCAGUUCAUGCUCCCUUCAUCUCACCCCAACAGAGGGAGCAGUCCCACGCUGAACAGGUUGCCGAUGAGCGGGUCAGGGCAGUUUGAUUCAAUGAAGCGUCAGGGCAGUGAGCUCUUCCUGGAGGGGGCGCUGUCUCCUCCCUGUCAGAGGAUGGGAGCAAUGGUGGCAUUCCAGUGCUUUGAUGACUUCAAAAGGUGCUUUGAUGAAGUCAUUUCCUGCUUUGCUGACCCACUGAGUGAGAACACACUGUUCUCUGAGAUUGUUUAUGAUGAAGACUGCAUUAAAAACAUGAGGGAGAAUCCCAUCCACAUCAUUAACGUCUCCAUCAAAUCAGCUGACACUGAGGAUGAUGACGCUUUAGUUACAGCGUUCACCGAAUUCACUCAGUCCAAAAAAGAUGUGCUGUAUGAAUAUGGGAUCAGGAGAGUCACCUUCCUGGUGGCACAGAAAAGGGAAUUUCCUAAAUUCUUCACAUUUCGAGCCAGAGAUGAGUUCCAGGAGGAUCGGAUCUACCGGAACCUGGAGCCAGCCCUGGCCUUCCAGCUGGAGCUGAACCGCAUGAGGAACUUUGCCCUGAUGGCCGUGCCUUGCGCUAACCACAAGAUGCACCUGUACCUGGGUGCUGCCCGUGUUGAGGAGGGCACUGAGGUCACUGACUACCGCUUCUUUGUUAGAGCCAUCAUCCGCCACUCCGACCUCAUCACCAAGGAAGCAUCUUUUGAGUAUCUUCAGAAUGAAGGCGAGCGUUUGCUCCUGGAGGCGAUGGAUGAGCUGGAGGUGGCCUUCAGCAACACGUACACGCGCACCGACUGCAACCACAUCUUCCUCAACUUUGUCCCCACAGUCAUUAUGGACCCCAUUAAGAUCGAGGAGUCUGUGCGCUCCAUGGUGAUGCGUUACGGGCGGCGUCUGUGGAAGCUCCGAGUGCUGCAGGCUGAGCUCAAGAUCAACAUCCGGCUCACACCUAACAGCAACACCAUCCCCAUCCGCCUGUUCCUCACCAACGAAAACGGCUAUUACCUCGACAUCAGCCUGUACGCGGAGGUCACAGACACAGCAUCGGGCCAGAUCAUGCUCAAGUCAUACACAGAUAAGCACGGACCCCUGCACGGCAUGCUCAUUAACACUCCAUAUGUCACUAAAGACCUGCUGCAGGCCAAACGCUUCCAGGCCCAGAGUCUCGGCACCACAUACGUCUACGACUUCCCUGAAAUGUUCCGCCAGGCUCUCUUUAAGCUUUGGGGUCCUGGAAAUAAUUUCCCUAAAGAUGUUUUGCUGUGUCACGAGCUGGUGCUGGAUCCUCAGGGACGACUCGUUCAGAUUAACCGGCUCCCUGGUGACAACGAGGUGGGCAUGGUGGCAUUCCGCAUGAAGAUGAGGACCCCCGAGUACCCUGAGGGGCGUGAGAUCAUCGUGAUCUGUAAUGACAUCACAUACCUGAUCGGCUCAUUUGGGCCUCAGGAAGACCUGCUGUUCCUGCGGGCGUCAGAACUGGCGCGAGCCGAGGGGAUUCCACGUAUUUACAUUGCUGCUAACAGCGGGGCUCGAAUUGGCCUCGCAGAAGAGAUCAAGCACAUGUUCCAGGUGGCCUGGCUCGACCCUGCCGACCCCUACAAGGGUUUUAAGUAUUUAUAUUUAACACCUCAGGAUUACACUCGCAUUAGCUCAACUAACUCCAUCCAUUGCCGCCAUGUGGAGGAGGGCGGAGAGUCCAGGUACAUCAUCACUGACAUCAUUGGGAAGGAAGAUGGGCUUGGUGUAGAGAACCUCAGAGGUUCAGGGAUGAUUGCAGGAGAGUCAUCACAGGCGUAUGAGGAGAUCAUCACUAUCAGUAUGGUGACAUGUCGGGCGAUAGGCAUUGGAGCGUACCUGGUCCGACUGGGACAGAGGGUGAUCCAAGUGGAAAACUCCCACAUCAUUCUGACUGGAGCAGGAGCGCUAAACAAGGUUCUUGGUCGUGAGGUUUACACCUCCAACAACCAGCUGGGUGGCGUGCAGAUCAUGCACAACAACGGAGUCACACACACCACGGUCCCGGACGACUUUGAGGGUGUUUUCACCAUCCUGCAGUGGCUCUCCUACAUGCCAAAGAAUAAGCACAGUCUUGCACCUCUGAUGCCCCCGACUGAUCCAGUGGACAGAGAGAUUGAAUUCAUCCCUUCCAAAGCUCCCUACGACCCUCGCUGGAUGCUCGCUGGACGUCCCCAUCCCAGCGUGAGGGGGUCAUGGCAGAGUGGGUUUUUUGACCAUGGCACUUUCAGUGAGGUGAUGUCCACCUGGGCACAAACUGUGGUGGUGGGCAGGGCCAGGCUGGGAGGGAUUCCGCUUGGGGUCAUCGCUGUGGAAACACGGACCGUUGAGGUCACUAUCCCAGCAGAUCCAGCCAACCUGGACUCUGAGGCCAGGAUUGUGCAGCAGGCAGGGCAGGUGUGGUUCCCAGACUCAGCCUAUAAAACUGCUCAGGCCAUGAAAGACUUUAACAGAGAGAAACUUCCACUCAUGGUGUUCGCCAACUGGAGAGGCUUCUCUGGUGGCAUGAAAGACAUGUAUGACCAGGUGUUAAAGUUUGGUGCAUACAUUGUGGAUGCCCUGAGGGAGUUCCAUCAGCCCGUGUUAGUCUACAUCCCCCCACAUGCUGAGCUGAGAGGAGGCUCAUGGGUAGUGAUCGACCCCACCAUCAACCCACAGUACAUGGAGCUCUAUGCUGACAGGGAGUGCAGGGGAGGUGUGUUGGAGCCAGAGGGUACAGUGGAGAUUAAGUUCAGAAGGAAGGAUCUGCUGAAGACCAUGAUGAGGCUCGACUCCGAGUACUCCAGACUGGCUCAGAAGCUCAGUUCUGCAGAUUUGUUAGAGAAGGAGCGUAGUAAUUUGGAGGCUGAGCUCAGAGGCAGAGAGGAGUUUCUGCUGCCCAUCUACCACCAGGUGGCCGUGCAGUUCGUCGACCUCCAUGACACACCCGGGAGGAUGCAGGAGAAAGGAGUCAUCACGGAUAUCUUGGACUGGAAGAAUGCUCGGUCAUUUUUUUACUGGCGUCUGCGGCGCCUCCUGCUGGAGGAGAAGGUGAAGCGUGAAAUUGUGCAGGCAAACAGAGACCUGGGAAACGGCCAUAUAAAGUCCAUGUUGCGCCGCUGGUUCAUCGAGACUGAGGGAACUGUCAAAGCUUACCUGUGGGACAAUAAUAAGGCAGUGGUGGAGUGGCUGGAGAAACAUCUGUCACAGCAGGAGGGGAUGCAGUCAGCCAUCAGAGAAAACAUUAAAUACCUGAAGAGAGACUAUGCCAUCAAACACAUCCGCAGUCUCAUGGAGGCGAAUCCAGACGUAGCGAUGGAUUGCAUCAUCCACAUGGCACAGAACAUCACUCCAUCUCAGAGAGCCGAAGUUUCCCACCUGCUGGCCACCAUGGAGAACUCGACCAACACCAGCUAACACUGUAACACGCAUUAACACACCGUUCAGCUUAAAGCCAGUUUCAGAGGGCAUUUGUUAGCGUCAGUGGGCAUUCGGGCAUUGUGCCUGUGCUUAUUUAGGUAAGAAGAAGGUAAGAAAUUAAAAGAUUGGUGAACAAGGUGUUUAUAUUGUUGCGUCUGUAAGGAACAGAGAGAUUCCAAACAACACACGCGCGCACACACACAAUGGGCAAAGCCACAUGAGCACACACAGUGAGCACAUAUUGGGCAUCGUUAAUAUUGUGGAAUAUGUUCUUUUUGUUUAUUUCUGUAAUAUAUUUAUAUUCAAAGGUUUUCCUACACCAGUGUUGCCUUAAAAUGAGCACACAUCACCUAGCACCUCCACUUCUUUCCAUAAGCUUUGUUUCCCUGUCACAGCGUCCACACUGUAAUUAUCAUUAUUACUAUUUCAGUAUAAAACUAUUUCAGUAUAAAACCUUUAAACCUGGCGUGACACACACUUAAUGUCUGCAGAGUCUCGGCAUUACAGUCGGUAUUAACGCAUAAAACCUUAACAGAAUUAAAGUUAAACUCUGCAGUGCUUCUGGGUUCAAAACCUGUGUUUUUCACCCCUAGUGGGAAUAAAUGUACCAGGCUUUAAGCUGAAAGAUUACAUACGCACAAUUCUAUCCAAACAUGUUGUUCAUUCAGGGAAAGUGUGCUGCCAGGCCAAAGAAACACACUGCUGUAUAUCUAGUUUUUACUGUUAGUAGCAGUAUAACAAAGAGAACCUCUGAACCUGUGUGAACCAUUUAUGGGUUUUAAAUGUGUAUAUAUUUGUGCACCAGCUAAGGUUUAAAUCAUUUUAUAAAGAAAACUCUAUGUAUUUUGAAAAGAAACCUGUCAGUAUAUAACUUUUAGCUCAUUUCACUGAAAAACAAACUUGUAGCUGCUUGAUAAAGUGUAGAAGGGAGAUUUGAGUGUCAUAUGUCACGCGCUUAGCGUUUACACUGAGAACAGUGCUGUUGUUGAAGAUAUGCUUUAUUAUACAGUCUGGAUUGGGAGAGAAAACACUAGUGAUUUUAAAAAAAGUGCCUGAAUUUUUAAAACGAUGAAUGCCAUAUGAAGUAUUCCUCAAAUAAAAUGGCCUAAACGUUCCCACA